CGUUGGUUUCCUUUCGCAGAUCCUCGUUCGGAUGGUUUCGUUGAAUUUGACGCGCGAUAGGUCGACUGAGGAGCAGUGGAAAAUUUAUGACUUGAUAUAUACAACAGACGGAUGGUUGGUACAUGUUCCAGUGUUGGAUUGGCUGUGCUGUUGUGAACAUCCCCAAAGGCCUCUCUAACGGUGUAUUGUUCGUUGAAGGAAAUUACGAUUUUUAAACACCAAGUUAUGAUCGUGUCAAAUUAUGAGCUGUCGAGAAUGGGCGUGUUUGUGUAAAUUUUUCAUGGACUUAAGCCAUGAAAAAAUCUGCGAAAGAUAGCUCGAGCCGCAUUCAUUGGAUUGUUCGCUUCGACAUCGUAUCAUAUGAUACGCUUGAAUGUGUUACCGAGAUGGUGUUUCAAUUUCCGUUUUGUGACUGUUGAUAUGUGGAAGAGAAUUAUUGUAACUCAAUUCGUCAGUGUUGCCCAAAGCCAACAAUUUCAGCCGUUUUGGAGGGAUGGAAACAAAGUUCAAAAAAGCCAACAACGACGUGUUAUUAAUAGCGAGCGAAGUGUUGUUUUCCCUUUAUGGUGUUUUUUUAUUGUGUGUCCGUAAGCAGUAAGAACGGAAGAAAAAAAGUGUUAACAUAAUCUCUGCGGAAGCUGAUUUAUUGCACUGUAGAGACGCGGAAGGAAACGAAAAUGGUGAACGGAACUGUUGUUAGCUACAGUUCCCUGAUGGUGGCCACAUCAGCCACAUCCGGGGGUCGUUUAAAUUCAACAGUGCUUCCGAACACGACCUUGAUGACAUCCGAAAUGUCUGCAGAUGACGAGGAAGCGAUCGUGUCCCGGAUCGUCCCGAUAUUUUUCGGUUUAAUUGGAGUGACCGGACUGCUGGGAAACUUCCUGGUGGUGUUGGUUGUGAUCUCAAAUCCACUGAUGCGUUCAACGACCAAUUUGCUGAUUAUAAAUCUGGCCGUGGCAGACCUGCUGUUUGUGAUAUUUUGUAUACCGUUUACGGCCACAGAUUAUGUGCUCUCGUCGUGGCCGUUCGGGGAUUUGUGGUGUAAAAUGGUGCAGUAUUUGAUUGUGGUGACGGCACACGCGAGUAUUUACACACUGGUGCUGAUGUCGCUGGAUCGAUUCCUGGCGGUGGUUCAUCCAAUCGCCAGCAUGGUGAUAAGAACUGAGAAGAAUACCAUACUGGCGAUUACGGUUUUGUGGGUUCUUAUCAUCACGACGGCGCUCCCGGUUUUGUUUGCCCAUGGGGUUAAUAAGUUCCAAUACGGCGACCGAGACCUCGCCUCGUGUACAUUUCUCGAGAACGAGCAAUUCUCCCGCGCUGCCUUCCAUAUUGCGUUCUUCUCGAGCUCCUACCUGGUGCCACUGGUUCUGAUCAGUGCCCUGUACAUGUGUAUGCUGUCCCGGCUGUGGCGGAGUUCGGUCGGGGGUCGUUCCGCGGAGUCCAAAAAGAGCAAGAAACGUGUCACCCGGCUAGUGGUGGUAGUGGUCGCAGCCUUUGCCUCUCUAUGGUUUCCCAUUCAGGUCAUCUUGGUGCUCAAAAGUAUAGGCGUGUUCGUGCCAGAUACCUAUUUUAAGAUCUCACUCCAAAUCAUCUCGCAUGUGCUGGCGUACACGAGCUCCUGCAUCAAUCCGCUGCUGUACGCGUUUCUGUCCGAGAAUUUUCGGAAAGCGUUCCGGAAGAUCGUGUACUGUGGACCAGGGAGCCGGUGGCAGACACAGGCCCGUCACAUGCCAUUGCCAACGAAAACGACUCGCACCGGCAGCCUAGCCGGGCAGGACAUUUUAUAACCGGAAGUGGAGAAUACGACCGUUGCAUACUUCUAGACAGGUCAUCAAUCAUCGCUAUCAUCCCAAUCAUCGGUGCCACUGUUAUCUGCGAUAUCAUCGUCAUAAUCUACACUUCAUCAUCAGCAUCAUCAGCGCCCAACCGAAGAAGUUUUUAGCCACGCUUCCCAGCUCCGGAUUCUCGGAGUCGGAGUGCCGCAGCUGAUUCGGAUAAGCGGCAUUUUAAUUCACGCGGGAACUAGUCCUCAACGGCAACGUUCCGAAUAGCCUGCUCGUAAACGUUAUCAACGUUUUAUUAUCAUUGCUUUCGCCGGCAUCGUCGCUAAUGGGAGCACCCGGGUUUUGUGCUGUCACCUGUACCAGCUUUCACUCCAUGAUUCCAGCAGCACUGAUUUUCCCGCUGCCACCACGAGGAUAUGACCGCAAACAGCGACCACUUGUUCGGAUUAAGCUACCAGAUUACCCCUAAUUACAUCCUCUGGCGGUACUCAAUCUUCGCCCCGUCGUAGUUGAUUAUGAAGACAUGUUUUUCCGGAUGCACUCAACUGAAAGCGGUAGCAUCCUGCCUUUCGUCGGAGGACGCCAGGUUCAAUGACUCAUUAUGGAUGCAGUGUAGAUGAAGGAGAGGAUCCACAUCACACCAACAGCUACUCACACGUGGGUAAGCUGAAAACGAGCUAAUGAGUGGUUUCAAUGGCUUGAACCGGACACUGUUACCAUUAGCGGAAGAGACUCAGGCUGAGAAGUUGCACUAGUAAACGUUAAUCCCAGGUUAUGAGGGCUAAUUUCUUCUGCUGAAUUUAGCACGGUAUACAUAACGGUAUAUCGCACACACAUCAAUCCCCAGCCAGCGGAGCCUGGCUCUGUCACGACUACUUAACAGUAAUUUAAUGUAAUCCCCGUUGACGAAAGAGGCCUCAAACGUCAGGAGCAGAUGCUCAUUUAGGGUGACAACACGAUGUAAUGGCAUCGAUUUUUUAAUUUAUCAUUUCGUUUAAUUGAUCAUUGACCCAAAGUGCAUAUACCAGUGGUUUCAAAUGGGAUCCAAACAUUUUUUAUCAAGCAGAUAGAUUACCCCCGCAAAGCACGCGACUGUGAGAAAUUAUUAUAACUAAUGUACCUUUUCCCAUGCAGCCCUCCAAAGGGUCGUAUCAGAAUAUGCGCGAAGCGAAAAUUAAAUGAUGAUGAAUAUGCUUCGAGACUACCACUACGCAAAGUGAGCAAAAGUGGUAUCACUAAUGAGGGAGAAGUAGACGAGUUUAACAUCGAAGUAAAUGUAGAUUUAGGACUAAUGUCGUUUCGUAAUUCAGCAAAUUAGUGUACGGCGAAGAAAAUGAGUGCUUCUGAUUGAUAGUUAGGUUAUUUUGUAUUCUAUAAAUAGAUCUCUGUAAGUAAAUGUGAUGAUUUUCUGUAACUUUUACAUAAUCUGAAAUUUCAUCGAACAAUUCUGAGUAGAUGAUAGAGGAAUAAUCUUAAGCGUAGUGAAUGUCAAAAUCAGGAGUAAUAAUUUGAACAAGAGAAAUUCUCAUUUUAGAUCGUACUGUAGGAAUGCAAACUUGACGUAAUUGAGCCCCGCAUUUUUCCAAAUUUUCUUACCAGUUUUACUAUGAUUCCAGUAUGGAGCGAAGUGAUUACAAAAUAUCACUCGCGUAAAAUAAGCUUUCUCCACUGAAACAAAACACAUAAUACAUACGCUAAAUUUUGCGCGGUAGAAUAAUUUAAAUUUAUUCACCAGAAGCGAUAUCAUGAGAAUUCAAAAUCGAUAAUCACGUGAAGCAACUCGAACCCAUAUUUAUUCAGUUCUCACUAGAAUUUCAAAGUUUUUAGGUUCCUUCAGUGUGGAGGCGAUCUGGCGAAGUGACCAACAUCCGUACUUCUCACGCUAAAAAGUCACGAAUUCGAUUCUCACUUCCGACAUUCUUCCUUCGUAAUGGAAGUAGAGCCGUGAUCCGAGUGACAGUAAGAAAAAGCUUACUUCUUCUGUGUCCUUGCUGAAUAACUGAGAAGAUCAUGCCGUGUUUCAGAGUUGAUAAAUAUUAUGAAACACUAGCUGACCCGGCAAACUUCGUCCCGCUUCAUUAGUUCUCAAGUUUUGCAGCUCCCCCCCCCCUCCUCCUUAGACAGGGGAAGGGGAGAGGAGUGACGAAUCUAUUGCCCUCGAAAACCUCCACAUACCAAAUUUGGUUCCGUUGCCUUGAUUAGUUCUCGAGUUAUGCAGAAAUUUGCGUUCUAAUUGUAUGGCAGCCCCCCUUCUCUUAGAGGAGGAGAAUAGAAGAAUCAUUUAUUGCCCCCUUUACCUCAACGUGCCAAAUUUGGUUCCGUUUGCUUGAUAAGUUUUUGAGUUAUGCCGAAAUUUGUGUUUCAUUUGUAUGGCAGCUACAGUUUCCUCCGAGAUUGCCUGCAGAGAAGAUCCUAUUGGAAAGUGGGCAACUCUCAAUUUCUCCUAGCCGUUUGGAUCCUCAAACAUCUGUGUUGCUGGUCUUUAAUUAAGACACCCCACCACUUGCACGAGUAAGGUUUUCAUAUAAUCGAAAGUGGUAACGUUAUCACCAAGAACCUUUAGUGAGUGGGUUUUUGCUUGAAAUGAGUGUGAAAUGAGCUGUAUUAUUGACGGAAUUGAUGUGUAAACAAGGCUUUAGUCGGUAUACACUCCAUACAGUUGAUCAUAGCAGGCGAUACUUGGUGAAUAAUGGAAAACCAUGACCGGUCCCUUUUUCAUCCUAAGCUACUUGACGAGUAAGGCGGGUUUCCCUGACCUUGGGAGAUUUCUAUAAUUGUCGGAAUUUCACAGGCACCUUUUUUAGGAACUCGUCUGUAAUGGUUACUUAUUUUCUAAAAAAUCAAAAGUUAAUUUCAAGUUUAUUUAUUUGUUUGUUUAUUAUCAACAGGUUGAAUUUAUGCCCUAAUGAUAUUUAAAUUGAUGACAAUUCUCUUAAUAUUACGUUCAAUUUCUUUUUCUGAUUCAAUUUAUUCUAUUCUAUUUAUUUUCUAUUUUUAUUUAUAAAUAGCUUCCCUACAUAAAUUAAAACUAAAGCUCUCAGUAAUUCUAUUAAAUUUUCUAAUGAUAUACAUCUGUAGGUCGCAUAUUUUGUACGCCGGACCGCUAUAUGCAGGAAAUUUCGGUUUCGCAGACUUCUUGGAGGCACCUUGGAGCACUCCAGGUAAAUUAAAUUCAUAAACGGUUAUUCUUGCGAUGAUUCAUUUUUAGCACUGUAACUGUGUGCAUCUGUUGGACGCGUGUUUGAUGUUUGUUGAAUGGCGAUGCACUACUUCUUCUUCUUCUUCUUUUGAAUUAUAGACACUUGAA